GGCUGCCCGCAGGCCUCCUGCCGCCGGGAUCCUUCAGGACGCAGCAUUUGUCCUAAUUUCUACCUGAGCUUUGGAGCCCGGCCGUGCACGGGUUUAUAUGCACCCCUGGCCAGCGUGGAAGCUGACCUUUGGAAUGGGUGUAGCUUUCGUACUCUCUCCAUACACAUGCGUAUAGUGUCUGUUUCCUGUCGGACACCAGUGUAGAUAUUUUGGAGGAGGCGGAAGUCAGUGAUAUAACAUGUGGAUCCUAUCUGUGCGGAGCGCACAGACCAGAACCCACCAGGAGGAGGCCCACCAUUCUACCUCUUGUGGCCGCCAUGCUGACCGCCCGCCUCUUCAGACCCCUGUCACAGCUCCCAGGGAGAACCCUGAGUUGCUACGAUAGAGAAAAUGGAACAAGGCGCAUGCUGAUGUUUUACUCCGCCUCUUUGGUCCCUAUCAGCCGUGCUUAUUCCGAUCAGGUGAAGCCGGUUGGCAGCAAAGCCGUCCUGGUCACAGGCUGUGACUCGGGAUUUGGGUUCUCCUUGGCCAAGCAUCUGCAUUCAAAAGGCUUCCUUGUGUUUGCCGGCUGCUUGAUGAAGGACAAAGGAGACGCUGGAGUCAAGGAGCUGGACAGCUUGAAGAGUGAUCGACUGAGAACUGUCCAGCUCAAUGUCUGCAAAAGUGAGGAGGUGGAGAAAGUGGUGGAGACUGUCCGCUCGAGCCUGGAGGACCCUGAGAAAGGCCUGUGGGGCCUCGUUAACAAUGCGGGCAUCUCAACUUUCGGAGAAGUAGAGUUCACCAGCAUGGAGACCUACAAGGAAGUGGCGGAAGUGAACCUUUGGGGCACAGUGAGGAUGACAAAAUCCUUUCUCCCCCUCAUCCGAAGGGCCAAAGGCCGUGUCGUCAACAUCAGCAGCAUGCUGGGCCGCAUGGCCAACCCGGCCCGCUCCCCAUACUGCAUCACCAAGUUCGGGGUGGAGGCCUUCUCUGACUGCCUGCGCUACGAGAUGCACCCGCUGGGCGUCAAGGUCAGCGUGGUGGAACCUGGCAACUUCAUCGCCGCCACCAGCCUCUACAGCCCUGAGCGCAUCCAGGCCAUCGCCGAUAAGAUGUGGCAUGAGCUGCCUGAGGUCGUGCGCCAGGACUACGGCAGGAAGUACUUCGACGAGAAGAUCGCCAAGAUGGAGACCUACUGUAACAGUGGCUCCACGGACACAUCCCCGGUCAUCAGUGCUGUCACCCACGCUCUGACCUCUGCCAGCCCCUACACGCGCUACCACCCCAUGGACUAUUACUGGUGGCUUCGGAUGCAGGUCAUGACCCACUUGCCCGCAGCAGUGUCCGACAGGAUCUACAUACACUGAAGACGGUCCCACUGGCCUCUGUUGGGGAGCCCUGGGGGGAGGGAAGAGAGAGGGGUGCAGGGAGGGAGGGUCUUGUGUGGUCGCCGCUUGAGUACCACCUUGUGCAUUACCCACAGUCCCAGGAGAACCUACCACCAGUUGCAGGAUUAACUAGAGGGGAUAGCCCAGCCCUACUUGGGUGCACGGCGAGUGGUUUGGGCCUUCUCGGUCGGCAAACAGAGUGGUGGGCAGGCUCCCUACACCUCAGGGCAAACGUGAUACAUCCAUCUUUCUCAAGUUGAUUUCAUACAAAGAGUUUGGGAAGACACAUUUAUAUCAAACACAGAUGUAUUAUGAAAUACAAUAUGAAUCCUUUACGUUUUA